AUGCCAAAACCAAAAAAAGAAAUAUCAAACAGUUCUGAUAAAAAUACUAUUAAACAAAAAAAAAAUCGAGACAAUAGUAAAACGGAUUCCCAAGUCCGAAUAAGUUCGCAUAUUGUGUCCAGUGUUGAAGACGGUCAUAGUGUUUCUAAUAAGAAAUCUUCAUUAGACAACAAACUAAUACAAGAACAAUCAGAUGACUGUUUAAAUCAUUUUCAGCCAAGUGAAGUUUCUUCGACUGGUAUCUUAGCUGAAGAUUCUAAUGUCGCCAAUGAGAGAAACGGAGAAAAUCUAAAUAUUAUGGACAAAAAAGCGAAUGAUGUCUUAUCUAAAGAGAAUAUCAAUCAAACAAGUAAUAAAAUCAGCUUACAAAUUGAUAUUGAAACAGCUGCACAUUUGGAAAAAUCCUUGAAAAAAAAUAAUGAAGACUACUAUUUUAAAAUGAAAUGCAAUCCAGAUAACAUCAUAAAUACAAGCGAAAACACUUCAGAGUUGUCCAACUUAAAUGAUUCCACAAUGGGCACAAAUGAAACGAUUACCCCAUCUAAAUUCAUUUGCGAGAAAGACGAACCAAAAAUAGAAUCAAAGAGCGAAAGUUUUUUACAAAAAAGCCGAAUGACUGAAGAGAAUUCGAAUAAGAUAAAUUGUGAUUCGGAGCUAACAGAAAAAAUUGAACUUCCAGAAAAAGUAAAAUCGCUUCAUACGUCUGAACAACCAAAGUCAUUGGCUAUAGAUUCGAAUGGCCAAAUGCUUGUUGAUACACCAAUUAAAUGCAGCGAUGAAAAUAAUGAUAACAUAGCAGAGAUUGACGGUCAUGACGCUAUUGGUUUGGACAAUAACGACGACUCAACAACGAAAAUUAACAAGAUCGAUGCGAAAAUCGAUAAUGAAGAACUCAAAUCCAAUUCUCAAUCAACAGCCAGGCAAGAAACCAAUUCAUUAUUAAAUUUCAAAGAAGAAUCAGACGCUGCUUGCAUCAACAUCGAUUCUAAAAUUCCACAAUACGAAAAGAAUAUUAGCGCUACCGCAUCCAACUCUAACAUUCCGACAAACACUAAUUCAGAAGAUGAAAACGAGUCACUUUCUUCAGAUGAAAUUGCUUUCUCUAAUGAAAAUUCAUCAGUUGCAGCUUCUAGUGUUAUCGACAGUAACCUUAGUGAAAACUCUCCAAGUGUUGCCGAAGAUGUUUGCUACACUAACGACAUUUCCAUGGAAUAUUCUGCAGCUUCAGAAUGUGUCAGUUCAAUAUUUUUUACUAACGAUUUUUCAAAAGAAAAAGCUACUGUUGAGACCGACCAAAUCAACAAUUCACCCAGUCAGAAAGUACUAGUUAUUGCAAAUCGGUUGCCAGUGACCUUGAAAGUAAGCAAAAAGACGUCUGAGAAUGAAUUUGAUUUGAUACCUAGCAGUGGAGGUUUGGUCUCUGCGUUAAAUGGUGUCAACAAAAUGGAUUUCAGAUGGAUAGGCUGGGUUGGUUGUGAGGUUAAAAGCGAAAUAGCUGAAGCUGUCAGAGUGAAAUGUAAUGAAAUGAAACUAAACCCUGUUUACCUUUCCGCUAACUUAGCUGACGCGUAUUACAACGGAUACUGUAACGGUAUAAUUUGGCCGAUUUUGCAUUACGUUGUCGAUAUUCCUCUCGACUCAAUUGACGAAAUCUACGACGCUUAUAUCAAAGUUAAUAUGUUGUUCGCGGAUGCAGUUUAUAAAGAUUAUUUAGAAUUCAGAAAGAAUUAUCCAAAAGAUCCAUAUAUUAUUUGGGUGCACGAUUAUCAUUUAAUGUUACUACCGCAGAUGAUAAGGAAUAAAAUUAAUGAUUCUAACUUGCGUUUGAUGUUUUUUUUGCACAUCCCUUUCCCCCAUCCAGUGAUUUGGGAGAACAUUGCCGCUUCUAGAGAAUUGCUAGAGGGGCUGCUGCACUGUGAUAUCAUAGGAUUUCACAUUUUUGAAUAUCAAAAACAUUUCAUGAACGCUUGUUUGAGAGAAUUAAAUGUUGAAAUUAACGAAUUUGUUAUAAACGCAAAGUCGAUUAGCGGGAUCGAAGUUAAAACUAUCAGUUGCCCUAUUGGAAUAAAUCCGACGCGAUUUAUUCAGACCUCUAGAGAUGACGAAAUAAAAAUAGCUAGAAGAAAUUUAAGGAUUCGAUACCAGAACAAGACAAUUGUCUUAGGAGUAGAUCGACUGGAUUAUAUGAAAGGAGUUUAUCAAAAGUUGAAGGGCAUCGAACGUUUCACCGAAAAAUAUAAAGAAAUGAAAAACGAGAUUGUGUUUAUUCAACUAGCCAUUCCGUCUCGUCAAAAUGUUCCCUCUUACCAAAAACUUAAAAAUUCUGUGCAUCAAUUGGUUAGCGAAAUUAACGGAAAAUCAAUUAAAACACCAAUUAUAGAACACUGGGAUCAGUCACUUGAUUUUAAACAACUAGUUACAGUAUAUUCUGCGUCUGAUAUUUGUUUGAUAACUAGUGUUCGCGACGGAAUGAACUUAGUUGCGUUUGAGUAUGUGGCUUCUCAAAACCAACACCAUGGUCUUCUAUUAUUGAGUGAAUUCGCAGGGGCUGAAAGAAGUUUAGCUCAUGGAGUUGUAAGUUUCAACCCUUGGAAUCCUGACGAAAUCGCUGAUGCACUUAACGAAGCUUUGAAAAUGUCAAAAGAAGAAAAAGAGGCUAAGCAUAAAUGGGCGUUCAAUCAUGUCACCAAACACACUGCUGAUAAUUGGGCAAAUAUUUUAAUUUCCGAGUUGGUCGAUUCUGGUUAUUAG